ACUAUACCUCUAUAUAAAGACCAGUUUUUAGUUAUUAAUAUACCUCUAUAUAAAGACCUGUUUUUAGAUAUCAAUAUACCUCUAUAUAAAGACCUGUUUUUAGAUAUCAAUAUACCUCUAUAUAAAGACCUGAUUUUAGUUAUUAAUAUACCUCUAUAUAAAGACCUGUUUUUAUUUUUAGAUAUGAAAAUACCUCGAUAUAAAGACCUGAUUUUAGUUAUUAAUAUACCUCUAUAUAAUGACCAGUUUUUAGAUAUUAAUAUACCUCUAUAUAAAGACCAGUUUUUAGAUAUGAAAACUCCUCUAUAUAAAGACCUGAUUUUAGUUAUUAAUAUACCUCUAUAUAAUGACCAGUUUUUAGAUAUUAAUAUACCUCUAUAUAAAGACCAGUUUUUAGAUAUUACAAUACCUCUAUAUAAAGAUAUCUAG